AUGACUUGCACGAACGAGAAACCAGACCAUGCCAUUCUCCGCUCCGGCAUUGCAUCACCUCCGACGAUGACGUUCCACGCCUGGCCAUGCCUUCCGACCGAGCUAAAGCUCGAAGUCCUCUCCCACGUGCUCGACUUCUCGGCCUCCAAACUUCGGCAUAGCACCUCGCGUUUGAUCACCAAAAGAGAUCACGCUCGCACAAUGUCCACAACGCUCCUUCCCAUAAUCCGGGCCGGCGAUCGAGAGCUCUCUACUCUGGCGCAGAGUACAUACUACCAGUCAAACCGUUUCAGAGUGAUCAUCGGGCGAUGGUGGAUGAGUUAUCCGCCCGUCGCCCGCGCCAACUGGAUCCGAGAACUACGAAUCGAAGCUCACGACUGUAUGGCAGCGGCUGCGGUCGAGGCCUUUCUGGACCCAAGAAAUGGGUGGCGAUGGCUGCUUCGAGAAAAGGUGCCUAACAAUCGAGGAGGCACACGCACUACUGAAUGGCAGCUCCCAUUCGUCAACUUGCGCCGGCUGGAGGUUAUCGUGCACAUGGCUGUGGUCGAUACAAUCGUGGUGUGCAUGGGAUCGAACGGCGUGAAUGCUCUCAAGGAAUUAUUAGCCAACAUGGACGUUCUGAUCAAGGCUGAAAGUGUGGACGUCAAGAUUCGAUCAACAGGGUGCAGACUGGCCCCCAGGAGAAUGGAUCAGCUUGGAAACACGGUGCGGGAGCCGCUCUGCGCCUGCGAGGGUGAGAUCGAGGCGGCCUUGGAGGGUAUGAUGAGGAAGAAGGGUGCCUAA